UAUGCUUAGGGUGUGAUGGGAGGGGUGUAGAGAAAUACAGUGUUGGUUCCCUGUCUCUUUGUGACAUACUCUGUGCCUCCUACAAAGAAGACGCCACAAUGACUGAUCCAAACACGUCUUCUUUUAUUCUAGACUUUGGCUCUAUUUAUGACGAACUCAACUUUACUUAUAAUGACACCGAGUUCAACGUAAACCCCGAGACGCAGCCCUGCGACGCCUUCAGCAUCCCAGAUGCCGUGAUCGUUGUUGUCAGCGUGUUUUACGUCCUCGUCUUUCUGCUCGCCAUUCCUGGGAAUCUGGUGGUGGGGCUGGUGAUUGGCCUGAGCAAGCAGUCGCUGCCUCCCUCUGACCUGUACCUCCUGCACCUGGCCGUUGCCGACAUCCUGCUGGCCGUUACGCUCCCCUUCUGGGCCACCGCUGUUACCAAGGGUUGGGUGUUUGGAGAAGCCAUGUGCAAAAUCGUCACCAUCCUCCAAGAGCUGAGCUUCUACUCUAGCAUUCUCUUCCUGACCUGCAUUAGUAUUGACCGUUACAUGGUGAUCGUGAGAGCUAUGGAGGCCCGCAGGGCUAACAGACAGCGAGUCAGCUGGGGAGUUUGUGCUGCCGUCUGGACUGUUGGCGCUCUCCUGUCUAUGCCGGGGCUUUUAAAUUCUUCUUUUAAAUCCGAAAGCUCCAGCAUGAUAGUGUGCGCUGAAAAGUACGAUCCCAGCAGCGCCGACAUGUGGCGGCUGGCCACCAGAAUUCUUCGCCACACUUUGGGGUUUUUAAUCCCCUUGGCCAUCAUGCUGCCCUGUUAUGGAGUAACCAUCCAGCGCCUCCUUCACAUCCGUGGGGGAUUUCAGCGGCAGCGAGCGAUGAGAGUGAUCGUGUCCGUGGUCGUUGCCUUCCUGCUUUGUUGGACGCCGUACCACAUCGCAGUGAUGGCAGACACUUUCUUCAGGUCAAAGGUAGUGCCGUACCGGUGCCCAGCAAGGAUGGCAGUGGAUCGGGCCGUGUUUGCAACCCAGAGCCUGGGGCUGCUCCACAGCUGUGUCAACCCGGUGCUGUAUGCGUUCGUGGGAGAGAAGUUCAGGAGGAAUCUGUUUCAGAUCAUGAGGAAGAUCGGCGUCCUGGAGAGAACGUCCGUGACGAGAAGCAGCAGGUCUUCACUGUCAUCAGAAAUCACAUCCACGUUCAUGUGAGAACACCCAAGAGACACUUUGAACUAUUCCCAUAAAUGAACCACAUCAGGGUAUGUACUGAAGGAUCUCACAUGCUGGACAGCAAAGUUUUGAUACUGCAUUUUUUUUGGCAACUCAUAUCUGGUGGGAAACUCAAUCAUUUAAAAAAAAUAUAUAUAUGAAAUUUGCCUACAGUUUACCUAAAUUUGUAAAUAUUUUUUCAUACUUUUCUCUAUUUUUUCAUCAUAUUGAACUUGGUUUACUAUUUUAUGUCUUAGCUACCUAUUUCUACUUGCAUGUUUUUAUAUUUUUGUUAUAUAUACAUAUUUGAAUGAGCAUUGUUGGCGGGAGCCAAAGUUCUAAACGUUUGAUUGCCAGCCAUUGCUUCUCUGCAAUUUUUGUGCACAUGACAGUAAAGUAUUUGAAAGUUGCUUUCAACCCUGUCCCGGCUAUGUUGUUUCAAGUAAAAAUCCCCUCUCUUACCUCAGUCAGGUCUAGUUCUGAGGAAACUGUGGCAAACAUGUUUGUCAAGUUUCAAUGUUAGACUAUAUUUCAAAACAAUAGUACUAUGUCACAACUUGAAAACCAACAUCCACUGAUGAACACCUUGAGAUGCAGCUGAAAGCUCUGGGGGAAAAAAAGGAAGAAUUGGACCUUGAGUUAAGACACUUCAGCAUUAAAUAGUGAAACAUCUGACCAGUCAUUUUUCUUUUAUAAGUAUAGCAUAUGCAUGUGAAUUAUUAAAUUGAUUUUGUAUUAUUCAGAUUUCCAAAUCAAUACCAAUGUACUUUAAAGAGCAUUUAACUUCCAGCUCAAUGUCUACUGCAGCAAGUGAAGCAGAAACCAAACUAUCCUGUGCAAUACUUGUUGACUUCUUAUACAUUUUUAUAGUAAUGUAUUUACAUUUUUAUAAUUAAGUCUUGUUUAAAGUUGUAUGUAUAUUUAGCUGAAGACAGCAGGUUGUCAUUCACAUGCCACACAAUUUGUAAUCUAUAGUUGUAUAUCAUCAUUAAAGUUGUUAAAGUCAUUAAAGUUGUAUAGACACUGCUAUCU